AUGCAAGCCACCGCCCGACAGUGGCUCCUCUUCUCUCCUCCUCCACCGCAGUCGUGGGGCUUUGCCGCCUCGCCGCCUCCGCCGCCGGCUGGCAUUGCAACUCUCUCGGCUGCCGCCGCUGAGUGGGGCUUUGGUUUUGGUGGGGCAGUGCGGUCGCCGCCGCCCCCGUCGCGGUCCGAUCCUUUUGCGACUCCGUCGCCGCCGCCGCGCUCCUGGGGGUUCCAUGGCGACAGGCAGCAGGCACUGCGGCGGGCCAUCGCCGAGGCGUGCGGCGUGGCAUCCGACCACGUGGCGCUGGUCGUGCAAGCCGCCGCGCGCCGCUUGAGCGACGCCGAGGAGGGCCUCGGCGAGGAGGGCGAGGAGCAGGAGGGGCUGGGCGGCGGAGCGCACCCUGCCGGCGCAGCGGCGCAGACGGCGCGCGUCCGCCUCCGCGUCGACGUGCGCGUGCCGAGCGGCUCGACGUACAAAGCCGUCGCCGCAGCCUUUGCCCGCAGCCUCGGCUCUGCCGAUGCGGCGUCGCGCCUCCUCGGGGUCGCCGUCGUCGAGAUCAGCAAGCCGACCACGCGGCGCGUCGAGCCCUCGCCCCCGCAUGCCGGCACGCACGGCCUGGGCGCGCCGCCGCCCGUCGCGCUGGCCGCGUCCGCCCUCCUCCUGCUCGUCGCGCUCGCCGCGCUCGGCCGUCUCGCCGCCGGUCCGCGCUGCGCAAAGGCGCGUCCGCGCGAGCUCUCCGCGGCGCUGUCUCGCCAUUCUCACGAGCCCCGCCACGCGUCGUCGCAGCAGUCGCCGCGGGCGCGGGGAGAGGUCUCGGGCUACCUCGGCCCGCUGCAGUACGGGGUGGGCGGCGCGCCGCUCGACGGCGACAGCGAGGACAAGGACGAGGACAAGGACGAGGCGGAGCUCGAGCUGCAGAGUCUCACAGUCUCGCGGCUGUUUGGGCGGCCCAACUCAGUGGAGGCGGCGAUGGAGGCUCGCUUCCUGCAGACGGAGCUCGAGGUGCUUCUCGGCCGCAAGUGCUUCCUCGACAGCGACGAUUUGCGCGACCUGCGGCUGCUGCAGCAGGCCGUCCGCGAGUCGGAGGUGCUGCUGCUGGUCCAGUCCGAGUCGGUGCUCACGCGGCCGUACUGCCUGCUCGAGAUGGUGACUGCCAUCGAGGCGAGGGUGCCCAUCGUCGGCGUCAACCUCGCCGGCAAGCCGCAGGCGUACGACUUUGCCAACGCCGCCAACUACCUCUCGUCGCUCGACAAGACGCUGGACGCGUCGAACCCGGGCGCCGCCGGCGUGCUGCGCCGCGCAAACGUGGAGCUGCGGUACGCCGCGCGCCUCCUCUCGUGCACGAUCCCUGAGGUCAUCUCGAUCAGCUUCAACCCUUCCUCCUCGCGCAACAUGCUCGCCGCCUCCAUCGCCGACGUCGCCGCCGCAAUCGAGGCGGCCGUCCCGUGCCAGGUGCCCAGCGCGAGCGAGUGGGAAAAGUGGGAGCUCGAGUCGGCCGCGAGCAGCGCGGCGCGCAGCACGGAGACGCCCGACAUGCGGCGCCGGAUGUGGCCCCCGUCGCUCUGGAACGGGUCGGCGUCGCGGCUGGUCUGACGGGGAGAGGCCGGCAGGCUGAAAUAAUUUGUCGCACGCGAAAAUACUCAACUCUC